AUCUUGAAUCCCACUCCCACCGUCUCUCACUCUCUGUGCCGGUCCCUUCAGCUCAAGCCUCAACGUUUCAUACCGUCCCAGAAAAUCCAUACAAUCGCCGACCCGGAGUUCUCAUACCGUCCGAUUUUGUUUGCUGCCUUCCAGAUUUCGAAUUUCGGAUUUAAUCAAGUUUCUUCUUAAGGUGAUACCAAUUCUAGAUUCCCAAAUGGGAGACAAAAAGCAGCCUAAUGAGAGGUCAGAAAUAUGGAAUCAUUUCACUAAGAUACUUGGGGGAGAAAGAGCAAAAUGUAAUUACUGUGGGAAAACAUUUAAAGCUGACACUAAUAGUGGAACUUCUAGCAUGUGGAAGCAUUUAAAAAUUUGUUAUGCAUAUAAGAACACUAAAAUUGAUGAAAACCAACCACUUCUCACUCGAGAAAACAAUGAUGGUGGUAUUAUGCCUACGGUGUUUAAUAAAGAAAUGUGUAGAAAAGCAUUGGUUAAGAUGAUUAUUAUUCAUGAAUUGGCUUUUUCCUUUGUGGAAGGUGUGGAUUUUAAGGAAUUUGUUCGUCAACUUUGCCCUAAAUUUGAUGUUCCUUCUCGAAGAACGAUUACUAGAGAUGUGCUACAUCUCUACCAUGAAACAAAGGAAUCGUUGAGGAUUAAAUUUAUUAAGGGUGGGCAAAGGAUUUCUUUAACCACUGAUUGUUGGACAUCAAUUCAAAACAUCAAUUAUAUGGUAGUCACAGAACACUUUAUUGAUAGAGCUUGGAAAUUGCAUAAGAGGAUAUUGAGUUUUUCUGUGGUUCCAAAUCAUAAAGGGAAGACAAUUGGGAAGAUUAUUGAAACGUGUCUGCUUGAUUGGGGAAUAGAGUGUGUGGGUACCAUUACUGUAGAUAAUGCAAACACAAAUGAUGCAGCGAUCGUUUAUGUGAGAAACAAGUUGAAGAAUUGGAAACCUGAUGAUACUAUGAUUUUAGAUGGCUCUUAUCUGCAUGUACGUUGUUCAGCACACAUAAUCAAUUUGAUUGUUAAAGAAGGGUUGAAAGAGUUUAAUCCAUCUAUAGAUAGUAUUCGCAAUGCGGUAAAAUAUUUUCGAUCAUCUCCUUCUCGGUUGACAAAAUUUAAAUGUUGUAUUGAAAGGGAAAAGAUUGCAUGCACAAAACUUGCUAUUUUAGAUGUUCCUACUAGAUGGAAUUCAACAUUCUUAAUGUUGGAUAGUGCAUUGAAUUUUGAAAAAGCUUUUGAAAGAAUGGAGGAAGAGGACGGAUUUUAUUGUAAAUAUUUUGAUGAAAAUGAAGGUGGAAAAGAAAAAGAGGGGCCACCUACAAGUUAUGAUUGGGAGAAAGCUAGAAAAUUUGUCAAGUUUCUAAGAACCUUUUAUGAUGUCACAUUGAAGUUUAGUGCUUCAUUGAGUGUUACUUCCAAUAUUUACUUCCAUGAAGUUUAUAAAAUUGAACAAAUCUUGAAGAAAAUGGGGGAGAAGCAAGAUUAUUUGCUAAGUAGUAUAGCAAAUAGCAUGAAAAUUAAGUUUGACAAGUAUUGGGGUAAAGUUGAUAAAAUGAAUAAGAUUUUGAUUAUAGCAGUUAUGCUUGAUCCUAGGUAUAAGUUAGAGUUUGUUGUACAUUGCAUUGGUAUUUUGUAUGACAGUGUUAAAGUUGAAGCUACAAAAAACGAGGUCAUAAAAUUAUUGUAUGCUUUAUAUAACCAACAAAAGGGAUGGCAACGUUCAAACAAUGGACCGAGUGGAAGCGGAAGUGGGGGUGAUGAAUCUAAUGAUGGAGUCACUUUGUUGGAGGAUUUGAAUGAUGAUGAUGAUUGGGAUGAUUGCAAUUUUGAUUUUGGGUACAAGAAAUUGAAAACUACCAAAAUGGAUUUUUCUGGAAAAGAUGAGGUACAACGAUAUCUAAUGGAAUCCACUGAAGAUGCUAGUGAUGAAAAUUUUGACAUUUUGAAUUGGUGGAAGAUCAAUAAAUCAAGAUUUGAAAUUUUAUUUGAGGUUGCAAGGGAUGUUCUUGCCAUUCCUGUAUCUACAGUUGCUUCUGAGUCAGCAUUCAGUACUGGAGGGCGCAUUCUUGAUCCAUUCAGGAGUUCUUUAACUCCUAAAACAGUUGAGGCCUUGAUUUGUACACAAAAUUGGCUAAGAGAAGAAUCUAGACUUUUGAAAGUUUCUCAAGAUAGAGUUUGCAUUGAAGAGACGGAGUUCUAUGAGAGCAUUGAGACAGAGUUUCUUAAUAGUGAGUAUGACAAGUCAAGCAAUUGAUGGAUAGUUGAAGUUUUAGUAUGAGUAUCUACGCAUUCUACUCUUUGGUAUUCGUAAAUUAAUGUUGUUGCCUUGUUGGACAACUUGUUAUUUACAUGUUAUUAAAUUUGACUAUGUUAAUUUGUAAAACUAUGAUUGAAUGUAUCAUUAGUUGUAUUUAUAUGGUGUUUUUAUAAAUAUUAAAAA